GGCAUGCGGACCCACAAUGCAAGACAGAGCCAUAACAGCCCAUGCAUUUCAACCCUCGCCGUCCCUCUCCCGCUCGCUUUCUCCCCCAUUCCCCCCGCCCUCCCGACGCCCCGCCCCCGUCGCCCCGCCCGCAGCACAUCCACCCUCGUCUCAAGACAUCCUCCCCCCGCCGUCCUAGCUCUUUCACCAGCCACUCAAGGCGUACAUGGCUGGCCCUUCACGGACAAACGGCAAGCCCAGGCCGGGGCCCAUCGGUCCACAACCCCGGCGCCCCCCAAAUGCCUGGAUACUCUACAGGAGCGACAAGCUGCGCGAGCUCACAGCGCAGCGGGACCCCAGCGCGCCGAAACGCCUCCAGGCCGACAUUUCGAAAGAGAUAGCAGACUUUUGGAAGACAGAGGACCCCGAAGUGAAGCGCGAGUACGAGCGCAUAGCCGACAUCAAGAAACAAGAACACAUGCAGGCGUAUCCCGGAUACAAGUUCCAGCCUGUAAAGAAGGAAGACAAGGCGAAACGUAGAGAGGAGGAGAAGGCAGAGAAGGCCAGAGUCAAAGAGGAGCUGAAGAAAGCGAAGGCGCGCCAUGUGCCGUACGUCCAGCAAGAUCAUCUCGCCGCGGGCCCGACCCCGCAGCUACCACAACCACCUUUCACCCAUCCCAACUACCCCUACUGUCCCUUGGGACCCUCGCCUCCACUCUCAGCCGCGUCGUCACCGAUGUGCACGCCCAGUCCGCUGUCUAUCGCGGGUGAGCUCCCUGACGAGGACAUGGACGUCAAGAUGGCGUUCCCGGGCAUGACGACCGUCAUGCUGCCCCCAACACAGAAACGGCUAUCCAAAGCUGCGGGCAAGAAGCGUGCGUACAACGCACGCAUGCCACCACCACCUCUUCCAGAGAGGGUCCAGCCCCAGCCCCCGCCGGCGCCGCUCACGCCAGAGAGUAUAUCGCCACCUUCGGCAUCGGGCCCGCAAUCAGUCGAGCUCCCAAUGGUAGACGCGUCGUCUGCAUCUACGUCCGCGCCCAUGGACCCUCCUGGCAUCAUGGUGUCCUCUGCGGACCCCGUGUACGCGUCGGCGCAAGCGGAGCAGGAGAUGGAAGACGUCGCGAUGGACAUGUCGACCGAGGCUGGCCCCUCGAGCAUGGACCUCGACGCGCUCAUUCACACCAACCAACUGGAGCUCAUGCCCACGGAUGACACGGACACUUUCAAUUUCGAUAUGCAGCUGUCGGACAUCGUGGGUGCAGACUGGCUCCAACCUCAAGCCCUAGACGACAGCUUCAUGGGCUCGAACGCGAACGCUACUGGUGCACCGGGCGUGUACGAGCUCGCGCCGAUCCCGACCGCGGAGUUCAACGUGUUCCCGCCGCCGAGCAUGAACAUCGAGCUCGGCGUCAUGUCCGGGCCCAUGCGCACCUCCGCGCCGGAAGAAGUCGCUGUGUUUGCAGAGCUGCUCGAUGGCAUCGACUGGCAGAAUAUGCCUGGCGGCGCGCUCUUCGGCUCGAUGCAGGGCGACUGGGAGGUAGGAGGGGCUGGAGACGGUAUGGACAUGGACAUGGGAAUCGACCCGAGCAUGAUGCAAGAGCAGCCACGGAGCGUCACUCAGAACGAUCUCCUCCAGCAGUUUCUCAACAUGACUCAACUGUCCGACGUGGAAGAGUCCCAGAAUGGUGGUGGCCCGUCGACCUCGUCCGCACAGCUGCAAAUGGAGGUGCCCCCUCCCCCUGCUCAGGUCCCGACUCCAUCGACACCCAGGGCAGCGAUUUCCUCGUCAAGUACCGGGUACACACCGCCGUCUGGAGCGGCAAACUUCUCAAAACGACGCGUAGCAGGGAGCUGGAAGGCUUCGCCUCGCGCAUGAGGCUCACGAACUGUUUCACGAAAGACGAACGACUGGAUGAAUACUA